GUUUAAAAGCAAGCGAAGUCUGCUGUUUAGCCCAGGAAAAGAUAUGCCAGUCUAUAAAUCAGAGAUAACAGCUACAUCAGCACCAUGGUCUGACAAAGAACUCUCAGCUUUUGUUCAGUUCGUGGCACUAUACCAUGAUUCCUCUAAGUCUGUUUGGCCAACACAUAAAGAUAUGGUAUUUUGGGGAAAAUUUGCUGCUGCUAUUGCAGAAUCAACUGGUUUACCAUCAAGAUCAGAAACCGCUUGUCGAUCCAAGAUUUUUAAAUUCUUCAAGCAGAAAUUCAAAACUAUUGAUGAAGCAGAGGAACAUUUCAACAUCCAAUACUUUGACAAUGAUGUCCCACUCAGAAUACCUACAGAAGACACGAAUACAUCCACUCCGAUUUCUGCCUCACAGUAUUAUCACUCAUCAGCAAACUUUUCACCAGUAUUUAAACAUAGUCCCUUCACCGAAAAGCAUUCAAAUGUGAACUCAAGAGGACAAGCAAUGAAGUUGAUUUGUGAAAUGUUUUCUGACCUCACAAAAGUCCAAAGAGCACAGCUCACAACAUGUUUAUAUAACCAAUUCCUAAUAGAUGAAAACAUCCCUCAGUCAUUUGUUCCUAAAGAUUUUCUCCACAUUUCAAUUUCAGCCAUGGGUAAUCUUUCUCCUUCGACACUCCUUAAAUAAUAAAAUGAAACAGAUUAUAACAAAUGAAUGAGUAAAUGUUUAGAGUAUGCUCAAGGGUGUGUCAUAAAUGACAGAUUUAAACAGCUAUGGUCCAGUUAAUAGUCAAUUAAUAUAUUGGAGUGAGAUUUCAACAUUUCAUAGAAGUUUCUUGUCAUGCCAGGUAUUAAUGCUGUG